UUUACGAAACAUCUGCGUGCGACUGCGAGUAUGGUCGGGUGCACUGUGCACAAAACGUUUUGUUAAUCAGGGUAGUUAUUUUUAUUUCAAAAUUUCCAGAAUAAUUGUGAUAUCUGAGUGAAAUUAUUCUACAUGUAUAAAUUGUUAGCCUUUUUAAAAUCCAAUAUAGUUAGCGCAACCGUAAUACGGUUCAAUUCAUUCUAUUCUCAUCCGCACCAUAAGCCGCCUCAGUCCACAAAAAUGCCUCAGGACCCGAAGCACAUUGCCGAGGCCCAGAAGCAGCGACUGAAACUGAAGCAAAAAGUAAUUAAAACAUCGCCCGGCAUUGUCAAUCUGCAGAUAGUUGGUUCGGGAGCACCAGGUGCCCCGGCGUCUGUCUAUUUGUUCAGCGACCAGACAAGGUAUCUAUUCAACUGUGGUGAAGGAACGCAGCGCUUGGCGUACGAACAUAAGACGAAACUUUCCUGUCUGGAGAACAUCUUUAUGACCCGGACAUGCUGGGAGCGAAUUGGAGGUUUGCCAGGAAUAUGUCUCACCAUGCAGGAUGUGGGUGUUCCAAACGUAACGUUGCAUGGACCGCCAGGUUUGGAUGAGCUGUUUAAAGCAAUGAGACGAUUUGUGAUUCUUAAGGACAUGAAAGUGCAAGCCGCAGAAUGCAAAGCGGAGGAUGUAUUCGACGACCAUGUCAUGAGUUUAAAAUAUGUGGCCAUCCGAAAGGAAAAAGAAUCGGCCUCCAAUUCCGAAGAGGAUGACCAAAUUCAAGACACACAGGUGGAUGAUACAGAUUACUACGCUUAUGAAAAGCGAAAGAAAUCGGAACCCAAAUCGAAAAUUUCAAUAGCCCAGCAAGAUUGGACUAAGCGACAAGAGGAAUCGGUAAUGGCCUACAUCUGCAAGCUGAAGCUACGAUUCGGCCAGUUGUCAUUGGAGAAAUGUGUUGAUCGGGGAGUUCAACCCGGACCUUUGCUCGGUCAAUUGAAAAAUGGAAAUGACGUCACCCUGCCCAAUGGAACUGUUGUGAAAUCAAGUGACGUUCGAGGUCCCGAUGAUCCUGGGCCAGUGUUCAUAUUUAUUGACAUUCCGAACGAGAAGUAUUUCAGAGAUCUGGACGAUAAGAAUGAGGUUUUUGCACCUUAUCAGAGCACGGCGACGGAGGAAGCCAACCAGGCGUUGUAUGUGCUGCAUUUCAGUCCUUUAGAAGUGAUGCAAAGGCCUGAGUAUAGGAAAUUUGUAGACCGGUUUUCUGCUAGUACCAGGCACAUUGCCUUGAAUGAUAGCAAUAGUUUUUCAGGCUACGUGGCAUCUCAUCGAAUACAGUACCAUUUGAAUCAAAUCGAUAAAGAUAUCUUUCCGCUGUUGAAAGAGCAAAAUAACAAUUAUCAUCAAAAUGAUGCUAAAAUAGAAGGCACAAGUUUCGUUAAAUCUACGUCACUGAGUUAUUUGCAUGUCAGACCAAAGAGAGGGAUUGAUAGGAGCCAGGAAGCUGUAAUCAACCCAUCCGAGUAUCUCCAAGAGCUGGAAAUUCUUCCAGAAUUCAAAAUAGCCUUGGAACAGCUUCAUCAGAAAUUGAAACAGCGAAGACCACAGCAUCAGAUUGUGCCACGUUCGGAAAAAUUUCCCCGUAUUGUGUUCCUUGGAACGGGUUCUUCUAUUCCGAACAAAACUCGAAAUGUUAGUGCGAUAUUGGUACAUACCAGCGCAGAUGCAUCCAUUCUUUUAGAUUGUGGGGAAGGCACUGCUGGACAGAUCAUUCGAUUGUACGGCCACGAAGAAGCCGAAAGCAUAUUUAGGACCCUGAAGGCUAUUUAUAUCUCCCACUUGCAUGCGGACCAUCACUUAGGAUUGUUUGGACUCCUGCAAACUAAACGCAAGUUGCUGGAUACUAACAAUGAAAAAGUUCUGCUAAUAGCUCCGGAACAAAUCUCCUAUUGGUUAAGAUUGUACGAUUGCCGAUUCGAACCAAUACACAAGGACUAUGUUCUUAUUAAAAAUGCCGAUUUGGUCGAUCAACCACUUCGGGACGAGCGUGUUCUUGAUCUAGGACUAACGGAAGUUGCUACUUGCCGCGUUCGCCACUGCCCGCACUCGUUUGGGGUGGCUCUGACCAUGGACUCCAGUAACAAUGGGGAACCAGUUAAAAUAACCUACAGUGGCGAUACGAUGCCUUGUCAGAAUCUGAUUGACCUCGGGCGGAAUUCUACCAUCCUUAUCCACGAGGCCACCAUGGAGAAUGAACUAGAAGCGGAAGCACGGAUCAAAAUGCACAGCACUCUGUCGCAGGCGAUUGAUCAGGGUAAAAAAAUGAAUGCCAAAUACACACUGCUGACGCAUUUCAGUCAACGGUACGCGAAAAUUCCGCGUAUCGAGUCGGAGUUGGAGACGAACCUGGGUAUUGCGUUCGACAAUAUGGUGGUAACUUUGGACGAUUUGCCACAGUUGAGUCUGUUCUAUCCGGCUUUGAAGGCAAUGUUUAUUAGCCACUUUGAGGAGAUGGAGCAGAAGGCGAUCAAGCGGGGGAACAAGAAGAUGCGACUGGAGGGCAAUAGCGGGAGCAGCAGCAAGGAACCUUCACCAAUACGGUGAAUCGGAAAUAUUAUGGUUAUGUUUUUGUUAUGAACAAAAUAAAUACUGAACUGCAUUAAAUGAACUAAA